GGUCGCGGCAAGACAUAUUAUUGUUUGGUUAACUCGCUUCGAUCCAUUGUUCUUCCAUUCCAUCUAUUCAACGCCGUUGUUCUGUCGUACAAAUUGUGAGUGUGUUGUUGCCAUUGUUUUAAACCCAAGAGCAAAAUAUCGAUAGGAUAGUGAGAAACGUGAUUUUCAAUCGAAAGCCAUAGUUGACAGCUAGUAAAUGCAAAUGAUCGAUUAUUGAUUGCAGUGAGUGCAGAAUUAUAUAUUUUCGAUCAGUGAGUUGUCCGUUGUGGUGAAUAAGUGUUGGGCAGUGCUAGAAUCAAGGUGAAAGAUCGACGACGCAGUGUGUGCAGCAGCGCGCAGUCAACAAACGACAGUUUUUUCCCCUCUUUCUGCAACAACCCGAGCCCGAUAUGGCAACACAAGGCCCGACGGCGACGACCGGAGCCACCCCCGCCGUAAUGACAUCAAGGCUUACUCAGAUGCAGAUGCGCUUCCAGCAACGCCAACAGCAGGAACGGGAUCAACGGAAAGUGGAGAUGAUUUCCACGACCACGACCAAAUCCACCUCGGUAGCAGCAGUAGCCAGCCAUCAGAACGGCGCUGGCAGUAGCAGCACAAUCCGUUCCUCCGCCAUCAGUGCCUACUCGACGACGACGGCCAGCUCGACCACCGGCGGCGGUGACCUGUCGGCGUCCCUCGGGGCUGGCAAGGUGCGGCAAAUGUUCGACGAACGACGCCACCCCCGGGUAGCCGGAAUCGACAAGAGCUAUCCCCUGCAACCGAUCCAGCAGCAGCAGCAGCAGCAGGCCACGGCAGGGAAGGCAGCUGCCAACGGCAGUAACGUCUCCAAUGGUAACCACACUGGAAAGUCGUCUAGCGGUGGCGGUGGGACGACUGGGUUGAAUAACAAAACACGUGUACCACCGAUUUCGGCCAACACGAAAGCACGCCUCGCAGUGCAACAGCAACGGCAGCAGCACCAGCAGCAGGAGAAUGGAAACUAUGGGGAGACUCUGAAAAGCGCCACAUUCGACGACAACGAAAACCUACUGGAUGACGAGAAAUUUCCAGACACAAUCUCCUUCGACGAAGACCUCACGAUGACUCCAUCGCCCAUCGCUCGGAAGCUCUCGAACGUCGGUAAACUCAACGGUCAACAGCAGAACGUGAACAGCCUCAAGCUGAAACCGGUCCCGGGAAGAACUCCCUCAACGACGACGACCGCAGCAGCAAAAUCCGCUCCCAAGAAGACCUCCGCAGCUGGAGGGGCAGCAGCAGCACAAUCAUCCCCAUCCAGUAGCCCCUCACCAACGGCGAGCCCUCGAUCCAACUCCCAAGCCAACUCCGCCAAAUCUGCAGCAUCCCGUGCAUCAACCGGCGGCAAGUCAGCAAUGGCGACCACCAGUGCCAUCAGUCGGAAGCCAUCAGCCACUUCGGCCCCUAGUCCCCCGAUUCCGGAUGGUCCCGUACCGGAUGGUCUCGCUCGGUGCACCAUCUGCGGACGGAACUUCGCCGAAGACCGAAUCGCCAAGCAUCGGGAAAUUUGCCAAAAGACCAAGACCAAGAAGCGUAAGGUCUACGACACGACCAAACACCGAGUGCUGGGAACCGAUGCGGAGAAUUAUGUCCUCAAGAAGAAGGUUGGCGCUGGCGCGAGUAAGAAAUCCAUUUCCGGAGGUUCCACGGCGAAGGCUGCUACCGCUGCCUCUGCCGCCGCGGCCGAUGCUAAAAAGAGUGACUGGCGCCGGAAGCACGAGGAAUUCAUCCAAACCAUCCGGGCGGCCAAGGAGCUGAAAGCCUACCUGGCCAAGGGCGGCAAGCUUUCCGACUUGCCCCCGCCACCGCCCUCGGAGAAUCCUGACUACGUGCAGUGUCCGCACUGCUCUCGCCGUUUCAACCGGUCCGCUGCCGAACGACACAUUCCCAAGUGCGCCACCAUGAUGCACAACAAACCGAAACCGACCGCGAAAGCGAAGCGAUUCUAACUCAUCUAACUAACAGAACUGCUGCAUUGCAUUGGGUAUUUUUAAUCCCUCAGACGAGAAUGUAUUUAAUAAUUAUUAUUUUUUUUAAUCCGACAGAAAUGCAACUCUUGUAUUAAUUGCAUACCAAUUUCUAACACUUUGAAAAUGAAACGAAAAUCAAAAUCAUUAAACCAUCAUAUUUAAUGCUCGCAUUUUACCCAAUUAAAUAAACGAAGAGACCUAACACCGCAGAGACAAAAAGUAACAAUUAUUAAUAAAUCGACCGUGUCGCGACGAUUGCCUUAAUGAUUGCAAAAAAAGAAAAAAAUGCGAAACACACGGAAAUCGAAAUCGAACCGUUUGUGGCUGUGCACGACCAGUGAAAAAAAUAAAUAAAUAAACCAUAUGUACGAAAGCUUAGCUCCUAUUG